CCCGCCCCUCGCCCGCAGAAGAGGUCUUCGCUCUUUUCCACUCGGUUUCUUUCGAUGGGGCGCAUUUUCCACGACGCCCCCGCCCUUGCCGCCGCCGCCCCUCCCGCCUCGAAGACUCUCUUCCUUCCUUCCCCUUUUUCCUUACGCAAUAUACAGAAAUGCGCGAGACGGUGGUUGGUUUUCAUUUCUUCUUCGUGGUUGUGUGCAUGCGGUGGGAUUGUGAGAAUGCGUGGAUGCGAGCUGUGGCAAUGUUGACUGUUUUGAAGUGAGGUCUUCUUGGCAAUAGGUUGUGUAUCAGAGUGUGAUGGUGUCUGCGCUGUUUGGGUGUGUAGACUGGGACCCUUCAAUGAGUUCUUUGCGUUUUCUUCGUUGCAUAUGAUUAUUCUUAUCAGCCUUUUCUACAGGCGUGGGGUUUUGCGUGUUCUGCUCUAAGUUGGGCUAUGUAGCCUUUGCCAUUGUAUUUGGAUGGUUUCGUUGCUGUGUCGGGCGUGUGUGGUUGGGUUGUGUGUCCAUGAGCGAUUGUUUGACCGAUUUCGUUGUGUCGGGUUGGACGGUGUGUAGGCCUGACCAUACCGGUUUGUGGAUCAGUGCUGGGUUGUGCUUACUUUGUUUUCCUUCUAUUGGGUUGAGUCGUGUGUGGUCCUGGCCACAUUGGGUUGUGUGCCUGUGUGCUUGUGUCCUUUAGAGGUGCUUUUGCAAUCGCUGGAGUGGGGGAGGGAAGCGAGGGCGAGGGGGAGAUCCAGGAGCUGGUGGGACGGCGGCGUGGGGGCGGGGAUCGGGAUUUCACAUUUUAUUCCAAAUUAUGAUGUACUCGGGAGCCAGUGGUGGCGUGGAUGGGCGGACGGAGCCUGGUUGGCCGCUGUUCUGUCCAGAGGCCAGUUUGUACCUUGGUGUUUGGGGUCUCCUUGGAGAGCAGCAGGCUCUUCCAGGCUCGAAGCUGAGCUGCGCUAGCCGAGGCCGGCGCCUUCGAGCCGGUAGCCUUGGGUUUCUGCUCCUGUCGCACACCGGCUUCGCCCAUUUCUGGUCAGUUUCGCGGGUGCGGCCCCCGGGGUCUGGGGAAGAGGCCCUAAAAGGACAAUGGGCGCAUCCUUCAGGGUUUGCGCCUCGGGUGGGGACCCUCAGAAUGGUCGGGGGGGGCAUUUUUCGACCCCCUUCCCGGGUGAGCGCCCUUCGUGCGUGGGUACGGGUGCCCGUUGCGUCGUGACGCCUGCCAGGUCCGGGUCCGUGCUGCCAAAGCUUGGGAAGAAAGGAUUUUGUUUUGCCAGUUGUUGUUGCUAAUGCUGGGGUCGUCAUUAUCAUCAGCAUUAUCAUUAACACCCUAUUUUAAUUAAAAUGAUCAUCCAGGAGCGAGGCGGCUUGUCCCUUUCCUUUUGGCUCCUUUGGAGGAAGAACAAAGCGGCGUCCUCCCUCCCCUCUGUUUUUUAAGUUGCUGGGCUUGGGGUGGAGAGAAUAUGGAGAUAGGGACUGACACCGAGGCUCAGCCUUAAAGCGAAAAUUAACCCUGAACUAACAAACAGGGAGUGAGAGGAUCCGCCCUCCCCCACCCCAAUUUGGAUUAGAAGAGGAGAAAGACAAUCUCCCGCAUUGGAUUGAAACCGCAAGAAUUAUUCCUAUAUUUCCACCAACCCGGGGCAAAAAGAAAGAGGCCUCCGCAAAUAAUCCAAGACUUCGAUGUAUAAUCAUAAACUGGACGAUUCAGGCAAAACAAAUUAAACAAAACCCUGGUGGGGAGGGCAAACUAAAUCCCGUUACACCCUCGGAAGCAGUGUCAGGUUUGUUUUUACACUCCAUUUUGCCUUAUUUAUUGCUGCAACUAAUUAUUAGAAUUCUCCCCUACUAUGCCCAAGCACCAAAGAAUCGAAAAUCAUUGCGUAGGGACGACGGAGGACGGAGGAGAAGGUGGGAAUUCCCCGCCAUCCCUGUUUUUCUUUUUCUUGUUCUCCCUCCCUGCCGCACCCCUGGUUUUUUCUUAACAUGUAGGAAGAAAGGAACGGACCUGAAUGGACCAGGUACACUGCCUUCCCUCCCCCGCCCCUUCUGCUCACGCCGCUGCGACUCCAUUCCUUCGGGAAAGGACUGCCCCUGGAGUUGGGUUCUGGUUUCGCUUUGGGCUGGAAAUAAGAGGUGGGGGUCAAGGAGAGAAUGGAGGCACUCUGAGGUUCUGCCCCGUGGAUCAGGGUUUGAAGACUUGAUUCUCGUUUUCUGAUACACAUCCCCCAACCCAUCGGCGGGGUCCCGGAUGACCUCCUCUCUGUGUGGCUGCAGCCGGGUUCCGGAGGCAACCGCGUAGACACGUCGCGCUUAGAAAGCAUACUGCUUUUCUGAAAGGGACGGAUUCCGGUUGGAGGGUCUGAAAAUGUUCCAAGAAGCCUUCCGGGAGGGCUUGUUGUUCGUGGACUUAAUAGUUAUUCCUGAUUGGUCAGGUGUAGGGUUCUUUUGGGGGGGGGGAGAAGAUACCCCCAUUGGCUCCGAACACCUGCAGGUUGGAGGCAGAAAGCUAGUGGCUGUUCCUUGGACUGGUGGGUAGGGGCAUGAGGUAAUUCCCAACCAUUGACCCCCAUUACUCUCUCUCCCUCCCUCUCACCCUCUCUCUCUCCACCCCCAUCUUUCCUGGAAACUCGCUGUGGGCGAGGCAGACCACACUGGACCACACCACAGCCUAACUGCUGGCCUUUCAGUGAGAAAGGGGGAAAGUAAAGACCCAGGUCCACAACCUGGACUUGGGCUCCCGCCCCUCUCAGGGGGAGGAGCGGAGAUCCUAUUCAGAAGGGCCAGUCUUUCUGAAUAUGCCCCAGGCUUGUGAAAUGCGGACCAGACCCCACUGACCUCAGGAGCACUAUUUAAAUGCCCCGGCUCCACCGCUUCAGUCGCGCCGCCCUUCCAGACCAGGCAUGACUUAGGAGUCCGGCUGAGCAGAACCAGGUGGAGUGCGGGGAGGAUGACGGAGCAGCCGCCGAGCGAGGCGGCAUGCAGUGACCCCCCGCUAGAGGGACGGGACGCGGCUGAGGCCCGCAUGGCCCCCCCGCACAUUGUCCUGCUGAACGGCGUCGCCAAGGAGACGGGCCGCGCGGCCUCCGCAGAGCCCCCUGUCAUCGAGCUGGGCUCGCGCAGUGGCCCGGGGGGCGGCCCCGCCGGUGGGGGCGGUGCUGUGCGAGACUUAAAGGGCCGCGACGCGGCGGCGGCCGAAGCGCGCCAUCGGGUGCCCACCACCGAGCUGUGCAGACCUCCCGGGCCCGCGCCAGCGCCCGCGCCCGCGCCCGCGCCCGCGCCCGCGCCCGCCUCGGCCCCGGCGGACCUGCCCGGAGACGGCCGCAUGGUGCAGCUGAGCCCGCCGGCGCUGGCGGCCCCUGCCGCCCCGGGCCGCGCGCUGCUCUACAGCCUCAGCCAGCCGCUCGCCUCGCUCGGCAGCGGGUUCUUUGGGGAGCCUGAUGCCUUCCCUAUGUUUGCCACCAACAACCGUGUGAAGAGGAGACCCUCUCCCUAUGAGAUGGAGAUUACUGAUGGUCCCCAUACCAAGGUUGUGCGGCGCAUCUUCACCAAUAGCCGGGAGCGGUGGCGGCAGCAGAAUGUGAACGGGGCCUUUGCUGAGCUACGCAAGCUGAUCCCCACGCAUCCCCCAGACAAGAAGCUCAGCAAGAAUGAGAUCCUCCGCCUGGCUAUGAAGUACAUCAACUUUCUGGCCAAGCUGCUCAAUGACCAAGAGGAGGAGGGCUCCCAGCGGGCCAAGCCUGGCAAGGAACCAGUGGUUGGGGCUGGUGGGGGUGGGGGUGGGGGUGGUGCGCCCUCAGAUGACCUCCUGCAGGACGUGCUCUCCCCCAACUCCAGCUGUGGCAGCUCCCUGGAUGGGGCAGCCAGCCCAGACAGCUACACAGAGGAGCCAGCACCCAAGCACACAGCCCGCAAUCUCCAUCCUGCCAUGCUGCCUGCCACUGAUGGAACCAGCCCUCGGUGAUGGGUCUGGGGCCACCCAAGGGACCAGCUAGGAGGGUACCCUUAGGCCACUGGGAUGGUGGGCUUCAGGGCAGGUGAAGCAAGCCUUGGGCAGCUCUCAAGUGGGCAGUGAACUUGAUGAGCUUUUCUCGAUGUCUGAACUUUGGGAAGCCCUAACUGACCCUGGGGUGGACUUUUCUGUUUACUGGCCCAAUAGGAUAACAAAAAAAUGGAGCAAAGUGGUAGGUACUUUUUAUGAAGACGGCACGGUCUUCCCCUUCCCCCAAAUCCCUAAGACUGCUUUCGGCCUGGAGUUUGGGAAUCCUGUCUUUGUUGAGACCUGGGGUUGUCAGCUUUCCCCUGGGGCAUCCACCAGCCUCUGCCUUGUCUUCAGCCCCUACCAGGCUGGCUGGGGUGGCUUAUGUGGCCGCUUCUGUCCAAUAUGUAGGUACCCAACAGCUUCCCAUUUCUUAAGCCCCAUCUUCACCCAGGCCUAUGCUGAUCCACCCAGCUCGACAGCUGCUGCAGAGAGUCCCAAGACUUCAGGUGCCUUCUUCAGGGCCUGGCUGAAGAAGAUGGCCAGUGGACACAGCCUGCUUUCAGCUAGCUGGGCCAGAGGGGCAAAUAGCCCUUACUCCUUGCCCUGGGGAUCAAUGCUCUGCAUCAUCCCCACUGAGACUUGCCUUCCUGACCCUUGUGGCUGUAGGGACUGAGUCUGCAGCCUGUGCCCUGUCGGGCUUUAUGUGAAGGCAGAGAAAGGGCUCUGGGAAAACGAUAAAGAGAGAAAUGGAGCAAAAGAUAUUUUGGGCAUAUGGGCUUCAAAUCCAGCUGGUGUCUCAGAGUGACAUGCCUGUAUUCUCAGCUACAUGUCACUGUUCAUUCUGGUGGGCAUGUGCCAGGGUGUUGAUGGCAUACGCUGGUGCUGAAUAGAUGCAGCCCUGUCUGGGCGUUCCCCUAGAUGCUUAGAGGGACCUCCCUGCUACAGGAUGUCUGCUUGCUGAUGGUCUGGUCUAUAUCCUGAAUUGAGCACAGACUCUGUCCUAUGAAUUCCUUGCAUUUGGAUUUUUGUUUAACUUCAGUUUUUUUCAGUUAUUGUUGGGAUCUUUAGGUCUCCAUAUGACCCAGGAUACAGCCCCACUUCUAGAGCUUGGGGAGUCCAGUCAGAUAUCAGGCCCUGGCCAAGACCCAAACACAUAUGCAUUCACUUGGCCAAAUAUUAAGCAUUCCUAGACUGUGCAGCUUUCAGUCAUCAAAGGUGUGUAUGGGAGGAUGACUUCAUGCAAUAGGAGUGUCCCACUCAAAAAGUUGUACAUGAAAUCUUUACCCUUCGUCUUUUAAAGAAAUACAACAGCAAGUCCCUUUGUAAAGUGAAGAAUCCUUUUGUAGAGUGGACUACUGCCCCCUCAUUUGUCUCCUGUGUCUAUCAAGAUGGUAAGAUGUGGUUUUCAUAAGGCUAGGCCUGCCUGUAGCUUGCAUUCCAAGCCCAGGGAACCGACUGCACAGAAGCCCUAGAUACCUGUUAUUGUACCCUCAAGUCAUCCCCAGCCCUCCGCCACCAGGUUCUGCCUUUGAGGUCAGAGGAAAAUGCCAUUUUGUGCAAGAACCCAUCACUCUGGCUGUCAGGAAAGCCCCUUGCAUGUCUUGAGUUUCAGCACAGUGGCUUUCCCUGGCAGUGUUGGGGCCUCAAGUCCAGCCAUAUCCAGUCUGGUCCGGGAAAUGAUCCCUGCUCCUCUCCUCUUGCUUUUAAGUUCUGAGGUCCAGUUUUGGGGGAUGGUAGCAAUGUGGUUAACCCUUUGGGCACUCUGACUCCCUAUCCCACUUCAGCCCCUGAAAACUGUAUUUUGAUAAACAGCAUUGGUUCCUUUCCAGUGCUUGGUAGGGCCUUUGAGAAAUUCCAUCUGUCUAAAGAUGGAGCAGCUGCCCUAAGUUCUGAGACUCUGCUUGCUUCCCAAUGGAUUAAUUUGAUUUGGGAGUGACAAGUUGCCACACUGUGGAUCGGUGUGUGGAUUUUACAAGAUGGAUUAUACAUUCUAUCAGGAACUCAAGCUUCUAGUUUUCUCUUCUCCCAGACUUGUGGUGUGACCUGGAUAAGCUUUCUGAGCAUCGGUUUCUCAUCAUAUACCCUGGUCUGGCUUGUCUCUUAGGACUAUGGAUUGAAUGAGAUCAUGAAAGUAGAAGGGAUUUGAGACCAGAAAGAGCUAUGUUACCCUCAAUAUGAGUCCUGCAGUAGGGUUUCCCAAGCUGAGUCUGGGAUCUGGGCAGUGGUGUAGUCUGCUUGAUUGCACAGCUUUUGGGUCUAAACCACUUUUGCCUGAGUUAUCUCGAUUGUCCUCAUUUCCCCAGAUUGUCUUCAUUUCUGUCUCAUUCCAAGGCAAGGGAUAGGAGUGAGAGUGGAAAGGAGAUAUAGGAACAUGGACAGAAUGUAAAAUAUACUUCUUACUACUCAAAAUGGUCCUGGGGUAGAAAAGAGCAAGGCUCAGGUUUUUGUGAGAACUAAAUAAGAAGAUACACAAUUUUAUUUUCAUUUCUACUUACCACCCCAUACCCUUCUCUUCCCUCUAUCUCCUCCUUACCCCUUGAAGAAAUGGCAUCAUUCCAAGAACAGUAUCUAUAUAAAAGAGAAAAAAUAUAAAGUUAAUAAAAUUUUGAGGAGAAAAAAAAAA